GGGAGGAGAAAGGGAGGGAGGAAGCUUUGUGAGGAUGCAGGGAUGCUGGAAGAGAAGGAAGAGCCCGGAGCUGGCAGGCUGCUUGGUUUGCUAGGGGAGGGAGUGCCACUUGGUGGCACUAAAAAGUUGCGCUGAAGCCUGGCGAUCUCCCUGCGAGCCCCCUGCCCCCUCCGGCCCCCGGACCACAGGUGCUGCUCAGCUUUCGGGGAGGAUGAUGUGAAACUUUGGCGUAGCGAAAUCGCUAAAAUCCCGUCGGGUCCGCAAGGGUAAACUCUUUCCCGCCUCUUUGUUUAAAACAGACCCUCCUGAAGAAGGCAUCGCUUUUUUUUUUUUUUUUCCUUUUUUUUUUUUUUUUUUCGGGUGAUGAUGUUCUGAGCCCAGCGCCGCUUCCCUGCUUGCUGGAAAGGGGCGGUGCGGGCGGGAGGUGUCCCCUUCAUAGGGCGACUUCACAACCUUACGAGCACCUGGAGAGAGGGCAAAAGGCAGAAUUAACCCCUGGGAAAGGCAGAGGGGUUGGAGCCUUGUAACCGUGAGGAGGGGCUGAGGUGUUUAAGCAGAGGCAUUUGAGGAUUAUUCAGCUCAAGAAGGUCUGUGUGAGGAAUGCUAUCUCUGCCGUGCUGAAAAUAGGAGGUGCCUACCCCUACUGGUCUUGAUUGCUGCCACUGAAAGGACUGUUUUACCGCCACCGGAGGAAGAAGAGAUUGCUGCCACCGAUAAGGUUAUGAGGAUUAUGAUCACAUGUACAGCUCUGCACCACUGUCCACUUGGAGAUGACGGUGACACCUUAGAGAAUACAUGCAAACGCCUGAUUAACCAGCAUUCUACUCUGUUUAUCCAAAAGAAUUGAUAACUGCUUUUGACCAGCUCUCCAUUUCGUUCAAUCAUGUUGUCUCUACCAGCCUAAACCAUUUCCUAAAAUGGUCCUUUUGCUGUUCCUUGCAAUCCUGUUAUUGAAGGAAGAUGUCUGUGGGAACUUUGGGCUUUUGGUUUCUGCACAGGCCAAUGAAAGAAGGGUGGUUGCACACAUGCCUGGUGAUAUUAUCAUUGGAGCUCUGUUCUCUGUCCACCACCAACCAACAGUUGACAAAGUUCAUGAGAGGAAGUGUGGAGAGGUAAGAGAGCAGUAUGGCAUUCAGAGAGUGGAGGCAAUGCUACAUACCCUUGAUAGAAUUAAUUUGGACCCAACACUGUUGCCAAAUAUAACACUAGGAUGUGAAAUAAGGGACUCUUGCUGGCAUUCUGCUGUGGCUCUGGAGCAAAGCAUUGAGUUUAUAAGGGACUCUCUUAUUUCAUCGGAAGAAGAGGAAGGGAUGGUGCGAUGUGUAGAUGGAUCUUCAUCAUCUUUCCACUCCAAGAAACCCAUUGUUGGUGUCAUUGGCCCUGGCUCUAGCUCAGUUGCUAUCCAGGUCCAGAACUUGUUGCAGCUUUUCAAUAUACCUCAGAUUGCUUAUUCUGCCACAAGCAUGGACUUAAGCGACAAAACUCUGUUCAAGUAUUUUAUGAGAGUUGUACCAUCUGAUGCACAGCAAGCACGGGCUAUGGUGGACAUUGUCAAGCGCUAUAACUGGACCUAUGUUUCUGCUGUACAUACUGAAGGAAACUACGGUGAAAGUGGAAUGGAAGCUUUCAAAGAUAUGGCAGCCAAGGAAGGGAUCUGCAUUGCACAUUCCUACAAGAUCUAUAGCAAUGCUGGUGAGCAGAGCUUUGACAAGUUACUGCGGAAGCUUCGGAGCCACCUGCCCAAGGCACGAGUGGUUGCCUGUUUCUGUGAAGGCAUGACUGUGAGAGGGCUCUUAAUGGCUAUGAGGCGCCUGGGACUUGCUGGAGAAUUUUUGCUGCUGGGCAGUGAUGGCUGGGCAGACAGGUACGAUGUGACAGAUGGGUAUCAGCGUGAGGCUGUCGGUGGAAUAACAAUCAAGCUCCAGUCUCCUGAUGUUAAAUGGUUUGAUGAUUACUACUUGGAGCUUCGGCCAGAAACCAAUCACCGAAAUCCAUGGUUUCAGGAAUUCUGGCAGCACAGGUUCCAAUGCCGUCUGGAAGGGUUUCCUCAAGAGAAUCCUAAAUACAACAAGACUUGCACAAGCCAGAUGACACUGAGGACGCAGCAUGUUCAGGACUCCAAGAUGGGCUUUGUAAUCAACGCUAUAUACUCAAUGGCUUACGGCCUCCACAACAUGCAGCUGUCACUGUGCCCAGGCUAUGUGGGCCUUUGCGAUGCCAUGAAGCCCAUAGAUGGACGGAAGCUUCUGGAGUCCCUCAUGAAGACCAACUUUACUGGGGUCUCUGGGGACAUGAUCUUGUUUGAUGAGAAUGGUGACUCGCCAGGAAGAUAUGAAAUCAUGAAUUUUAAGAAAAUGGGGAAGGACUACUUUGAUUAUAUCAAUGUUGGCAGCUGGGACAACGGUGAGCUGAAAAUGGAUGAUGAUGAAAUAUGGUCAGAGAAAAAUAAUAUCAUCAGAUCUGUGUGCAGUGAACCCUGUGAAAAAGGACAGAUAAAGGUGAUUCGUAAAGGAGAAGUGAGUUGCUGUUGGACAUGCACUCCUUGUAAAGAGAAUGAGUACGUCUUUGAUGAAUACACGUGCAAGGCCUGCCAGCUCGGCUCCUGGCCCAAUGAUGAGCUUACAGGUUGUGACCUCAUCCCAGUCCAGUAUCUCAGAUGGGGUGAUCCUGAACCAAUUGCAGCAGUUGUUUUUGCGUGCCUGGGUCUGCUGGCAACCUUGUUUGUUACGGCUAUAUUCAUAAUGUACCGCGAUACUCCAGUGGUCAAAUCUUCCAGCCGAGAACUUUGCUACAUCAUUCUAGCUGGCAUCUGCUUGGGUUACUUGUGCACUUUCUGUCUCAUCGCAAAACCUCAACAGAUUUACUGCUAUCUUCAACGAAUUGGCAUCGGUCUCUCCCCAGCUAUGAGUUAUUCUGCUCUAGUAACUAAAACUAACCGCAUUGCAAGAAUCCUGGCUGGCAGCAAGAAGAAAAUUUGUACAAAGAAACCUAGAUUCAUGAGUGCCUGUGCCCAACUUGUUAUUGCAUUUAUCUUGAUAUGUAUACAAUUAGGCAUAAUUGUGGCCCUCUUUAUAAUGGAGCCACCUGAUAUAAUGCAUGAUUACCCAAGCAUCCGAGAGGUCUACUUGAUUUGUAACACCACCAACUUGGGUGUUGUAACCCCCCUUGGAUACAAUGGAUUAUUAAUUUUGAGUUGCACCUUUUAUGCAUUUAAGACAAGAAAUGUCCCAGCUAAUUUCAAUGAAGCAAAGUAUAUUGCCUUUACAAUGUAUACCACCUGCAUCAUUUGGCUGGCUUUUGUGCCAAUAUAUUUUGGAAGCAACUACAAGAUAAUCACCAUGUGUUUCUCAGUGAGUCUGAGUGCCACGGUGGCCCUUGGUUGUAUGUUUGUGCCCAAGGUCUACAUCAUCCUUGCUAAGCCUGAAAGGAACGUACGCAGCGCAUUCACCACUUCGACUGUGGUCCGCAUGCAUGUAGGGGAUGGAAAAUCAUCUUCGGCUGCGAGCCGCUCAAGCAGCCUGGUGAACCUGUGGAAAAGAAGGGGAUCAUCUGGUGAAACACUUAGGUACAAAGGCAGGAGACUGGCCCCGCACAAGUCGGAAAUAGAGUGUUUCACCCCAAAAGGGAGUAUGGGGAAUGGUGGGAGAGCUACAAUGACCAGUGAAGAAUCUGUUUGCAUUCCAGAAUGUAAUCGAUCUGAGUCAAGUAGAGAUGAGAAAGAGGUUCCUGUUAAAGAGGAUGCCCUAACAGGCAAAAAGGCUGGAAACUGUGUCAGUCUAAUAGUGCCACAGCAAGACUGUCAGCUGCAAGACCUACUCAAACACUCUAAUGGGAAAUCAGUUUCCUGGGCCCAGAAUGAGAAAAGCAGCAGAGGAGCGCACCUUUGGCAGCGGUUGUCAAUCCACAUCAACAAAAAAGAGAACCCCAAUCAAACUGCAGUGAUCAAGCCUUUUUCUAAAAGCACAGAUAGUAGCCGACAUAGUAGCAGUGCUACAUUUCCUGAGACCAGUGCCAAAACGCUUUACGACGUUUCAGAAGCAGAAGAGCAAUACCCAGCUCAGUACCGACCGCAGACUCCCUCACCUAUCAGCACCGUGAGCCACAGAACUGCCUCUGUUAGCCGAACAGAAGAUGAUGCCCCUACCUUCCAGUCCGAGCCUCCACAGCGAAGUAGCUCCUCGCAAGGCUCCCUCAUGGAGCAGAUCAGUAGCGUGGUUACUCGCUUUACAGCCAACAUCAGCGAGCUGAACUCUAUGAUGCUUUCAACAGCCACUCCAGGGACAAUGGUGGCCACUCCUCUCUGCUCUUCAUACCUGAUCCCACGAGAAAUCCAGCUCCCCACAACAAUGACCACCUUUGCAGAGAUCCAGCCACUUCCUUCCAUUGAAGUCAAUGGCGCUUCCCAGUCAGCUAGGAAACAAUCAAAUGGCAGCGUCAAAGAAGGCACUGCAGAGACCCCAUCAGCAAAGCAAGACCUUGAGGAGCUGGUAGCUUUAACUCCUCCUUCUCCUUUUAGAGACUCCAUCGAUUCUGGAAGCGCAUCUCCCAGCUCUCCGGUUUCCGAAUCAGCUCUCUGUAUCCCAUCUUCCCCAAAGUACGACACACUCCUCAUCAGAGAUUACACUCAAAGUUCUUCUUCGCUGUGAAUGUAGUUCAAGACAACUUUGGAUCUCAACGACUACAAGCAAGUAGUGAGGGGACAGCCAAGCCUUCAAGAUCUCCAGUGUUUACGCAGAUAGGAUGAGAGGCGUUGGGUCAUCUUGUGAGAAACAGAGGAAGAAGUGGACUUGUUUGAUAAGUGGAAACAUCAGAUUAAUGAUGCUGUUCUAAAGACAAAAUGAUGACUCUUGGCAGAUUAUCGUGGCCUUAAAAAAACAUGGGCUUUUCAAAAACACUGAAUCUAUUUUUGAGGGCUUAUAAGGAGUCUGUUAAAUCAGUUACAUACCAAGUGCUUUGCUUUAGUAUUACAACGAACCGUGUGUACAAUAUGUGAAGUGGGGGGGGGGGGGGAACAAGAUUGUAAAGAACUGUAAAAUGGUUUGUUUGUUUACUCUGAUUCCUUACCCAGAAGUGAACCUUGAUCUUUUAUCAAGAAUAGAAGACCAAACAUUGAAUGUACAUUUUCUAACAGACUCAAAUCUGGGACCAACCUAUCAAGUUUUCUUUUUUUUCUAUGAAGAUCUCAAAAAGCAGUAAUGUAUGUUCAAUAACUAUCAAACUUUUUGCUGAAGCAUAUUGUGUCUGUGAUACGUUACACAUGGAUAACACUAAGCUGAGGCUUUGCAGUGAGUGACUGCAAUACGGAGGGCUUUACAAGUGACUUCUCAACCUACACAUUUGUUUAUGAAAUUCUCUUCUACCAGUAUAUAUAUAAAAAAAUAUCAAUUUGUUAACAUUGGAUUCACCUUCACAGCAACAAAACCCAAGGAAGAUUUCCUGACUAUUUCACCGUGAUGCCAACUAAUAACGAAGUAGCAAAAAAUAUUUUCUGGAGUACUGUUUUGUAAUUCCCUUAUCAGGGCAAGUUGUUGAGGUGAAUAUUCUCUUUCUAGCAGCACUACCAAGCUAUAUCAUAGCUGCAUUCCCUACUGAAAUCGACACAUUUUUAUGGAUGUUCUUAUGCUAACAUUGCCAGUUAUAACACUUAUUCGGGCUCCCUUAGUCUUUGCUUGCAAGGAACAGGUAAACACUCUAAGGAUUUUCUCCAUGUUUUUGAGUGACAGUGUUCUAAGAGAUCAAUCUGUAUUAUGAUGAAUGCUAACUGUCAAUGGAAAGGUUGUCAUAAUCAUAAUUCAUAUGUAGAGAAAAAAAACCUGUGUCAAAAUCUGCUUAGAUGUGGUUUAGCUACUCUUUAAAAAGCAGCAACUUUAACUUUAUUUAGCUGCUGAUGCCUUGCAGCUAUGAACUGUGACAAAGAAAAAAAAAAAAAGACUUUCAAAGCAAUACAGAGUAAAGGUUAAAGCAGAGAAGGCCUAAUGAGAUAUGAGCGAACAGUCUUUGUUUCUUAGCAACUCACAGAAAGGCAAGGGGAUUACUGGUAUUUUUUCCUAUAUCAAGGUAAUACAGUUUUGUGCACUUCAUACUGUCAUGGCACUUUUGAAUAAAGGCAAGGAAGGGAUUUACAGUUUGAAUAGAAGUUAAAUAAUUUUUAAUAGGUGUAGUUACAUAGAACACGUAGGUCAGGCCCUAAGCGCACACUGUAUUGGCUCUCUCCUUUAUGACAGCUGUCCUCGGGUGCCAAACUUCUAUGGUUUUGUUUUAUUUUAUUUAAGGAUAGCAUGAAGUGAUGAGUGAUGUACUUCAGUUUAAAGUUGAGUGGAUACAGCCUUAUACAAAAGACAGCUUCAUGGAAAAGAGUCUUGAAAUCAGGCUUCUGUGCUUAAUUUUCAAAAUGUUUAGAUUCUAUUUCUUCAAAAAUAAUUUUUUGUAAUCAAAAUCCAUACCUCCUUUCUCUUCUCCAUGCCCCAAAUAACAAACAUUUGAUUUUAAAAAAGAAAGCACAUCGUGUGAUUCCCAUACUUUAGCAAAGAGCAUUUUCUGUUCCCUUUGAGGUUAAUUUCACUGUUAUGCGCUGCACUGCAAUUUGCUUUUCAACAACAUCAAAAAAAGAGUAAUAGAUGAGCAAAUCCAGGCUCACACCUCACAGAGAUGCCCUAAGGACCCUGUACAUCCUGUGCAAGUCGGUGUUAUCCAAUAUCCAGUGUAUGGGCAUGUUUAUUUUGCCAGGUACAGUCACUUACUAGCUAUGCCUGUAGCAUGAACAGACAGAUCACAACUCAGCUCUAUUCCAGGAGAUACACCAAGCUAUGAUUGUAGGUCCCUCUUCCUUACAUGUACUUCUUGCCUACUCUCACAACUGGUUAGCAGAGACUCAGUUCUAUGAAGCAGCAUGGUUUCCAGACAGGAGCUUGCUGUUACCUUCCUGAUUCGUAGUACUAGCAUGUCUCAUCCUUUACUAGCUGCACAUGUCUUUAGGAGAAAGCAUCUUCUUUCACAGGUUACAACCCAUAUUUCAGGAAAGGGCAUGUCCAAUCAGCCUAUGGCACAAAUAUUCCUACUUAGGGAGUUUAGACCACCUAAAUAUUGUUCUUGAAAGAUUUAUAUAAUAAUGUCUGUUUCCCAUUGGUGCAAUAUUGUUUUGAUAUAUGUGGAGUGUGAUGAGAUAAAUGUGAAUUUCAAAGGGAUUCUAUUACUAUACAUCCUCAUACUUUAAGCUAUUUACCAACAUCAUUAUUAGAUCCUUCUCUAACAUGAGCAUUAUAGGUCCUCAUUUCUGUACUCUUAUGUUGGUUGAUGCGUAUUAACGUAUACCUGCUAAAAUCUGUGAGCUUCGUUGCACUGUGAAAUAAUGAACAGUAGAAAUAUCUUAAAAUAAAAUGAGUAAAAAGGAGUGAGAAAUAGAAACUGUCAAAGCAUGACUCAACAUGAACAUACCUCAACUACUCCAAGAUUGCAGUUCUGCACAAUGCUGACCAUAUUGCUCAGAGAUUCUUGAAGACUUUUGUCUAUAUUGCCAAGAUGAUAUAUUCAUGCACUUGUGCAUGCAAACACACACAUACAUAAAACACUUAAUUUAACAUUUGUGUUCGGAGGCUAAAACUCCAGUGUUAAACUAUCCAACACUUGCUUAUUUUCACUUUGGAAGACAAAAAGAACCCAGGAUGAGUCCUGCUGCAAUAGUACCUCUCAGUUAUCAGCCUAUCUUCACUGAAAGUUAGAUCAGCAUUAGUGGGAUGUAAAGAAGGCAGAACACAUUUUACUUGUACAAGCUGGAAUGUGACAAUGUUACCUUACAAGGUUUUUGGGUGACGGAAAUAACUUUUCUGUAAUGACCACAGUUGUAAGGUGCCUUGUGGGAGAUUUGGCAGACUGGAAAGUCCUGUGAAAGAAGCCAGAAGGUUUGAUACAAGAAAGAAGAAUAUUAUGGGAUAUUAUAAUUUAAUUAAGCUGUUUAUAUGCUACUCUCCUUUAGGGACAUUAAGAUAUAACUGCAGAGUUUUUCAGCCAUAAGAGCAAACGUUACCAUCGUGAACACUUUCCAGUACCAAGUGUCUUGAAAUUAUAUUCUGGUUUAGUUCUGCUGCCAGAAAUGGAAAUCAAGAGGUUGCAUGUAAUUGUCCUUCUUGACCACAAGGACCUCAGGAGAUCUUGUUUCUUUUGUGCUUGAGGCUAACCCUGAAGAAUAAAGGUGUAAGCAUCUUUGGAAGCUAUGUUUUUGAAAUAAAGUGAAUCACUCUGGCAGGCUCAUUGUGAAGAAGUGUUAGCAAUACUGAAAAAGAACAAUAUUUUUCAAUUAGCUUUGAAGAAUAAUUGCAUUAAUUUGGAGAUGUGCUUCCUUGUACUUCUGUCAGAACAUUUGGUGCCUAGACUCAUACAUCAUUCUUCAUAAGAACUUUAGACCAGAAAUUCUUAGAUAAUGGUCUACACAGCACUUGCUGAUGUUUCAUGGGAGUCUGGUUGGUCACAAAGUGCUGUUUUCUUCUUUUGACUCUCAGCUAUGAAACUAAAUUAAAAGUUAAUGAUAAUUAAAAAAAAAUAACUGUUAAAACUUUUAAAACAAACAAACAAAAAAAUAACAUUUUUGGAUUUUAUUCAGUUGCUGCAUUUGGAAAAAAGAAAGAUUUGUGAUUAAAAAAGAAGUGGGAGAAUCUCCAGAACGACUAAAUAGGAAGGACAGUCUGCAAUUGAGACUCUGGAUGGUAGUGGAGUUCACUUGGAAAUGUAUUAUUUAGAGAGAUCAAGGCCAGAACAACAGCAUAACAGUGGGUGUAAAUUCUGUAGAGGAAAGUGUACAGCUUUGCUGUUCUAUUUAAUAAAUCAUUUCUGAGUUGAGAGAAGGAAAAAAAUGAAAGGGAUAGACUGUAUGCAGAAAAUGUUGGGUUCAAGUCACAGCUGACCCAGAACAGCACUUAGUUGUCCAAAGUUAGGUUUUCAGAAGAAUUUAACACCUCCCUCCAAAACUCAGUUCACUCAGGCAACCAACACUGUGUCUCUGGAGAUGAUCAGAGUUGCCCUCAUCUUGACACAUCAAAAUAUCUUAGCAUAUAACUCAAUUGGAAAUCUAGAAAGCGGUAGUUCCUAAAUUUGAAUCCCUGUAUAUGCCAUAAGUAAGUAUAUAGAACUUACAGCAUGUAUGUCAAGAGGAUCACACUCUCUAUAGAGAAGAAAUCAUCCUUUGUUUUGAGGCUGUCAGUGCUGUUAUGCUGCUGUUUUUUUCGGUAGUCUUGCAGUUAGAGCACUUGAGCAGAAGGUGAAAGAUCAAACUUCAGACCAUGCCAUUGCCAGGUGGGAUUGAAGUCUCCCUACUGGCAGGAAAGUGCAGUAAUGAUUGUGUAUUGGGGCACCUUCAUCUUGCUAUGGUAACUUCAGGUUAGAGAAGAACAUUCAGUAGUCUCAGGGUACAAAAGUAAGCGUUACUCUAUACCUUUAUGGGAUAUUUGGCAUAGUUGAGAUGACCAUUUAAAAUUAAAUACUUGUAAUAUCCUGCAAGCAGGGAUUGGGUAAAUAUUUCAGCUACAGAGAAGUGGAGCCAACAUUUCUUCUGAGCUAUAUAUUGGCUCAAAAAAUCCUUAAAUACUUCACUGGAAAGUGAUUUAGUGAUAGGAGGGGACAAUAUGCCCUUCCUUACCUCCGUGUCCGCAACCAUCUUGUCUUCCACCUGGAGUUCUGAGCUCCUCCAUGCAAAGGGAGAUUCUGAAUCUUCCUCAACAAGUGAAGGAAUUAAACCUGGUGUUCCUGCUUCUUCUCUGAGAUUGCUAAAUGAAUGAAUGAAUGAAUAAAUAAAUAAAUAAAUAAAUAAAUAAGAAACUCCAGCCACUUUUUACAAGGGCAACCCACCUUUGAAACAAAAACUAUACCUGUCUGCAGAAAUGCAUUUCCCUACUGGCUUGAAUAUACUAAUUUCAGACAUCCAUUUCCUUGUUGCAUCGCUUUCCUGAGCACCAAGCUCUUGUUACCAACUUCACAAUAAGCUUAGACUUGGACAAAAAGCCAGAGCCAGAUACUAUACAAAAAAAUCUGGUAUUAUACUGUAUAACUUUAAGUGCAGAAGUCAUUUGCUGGCACUUGCCCUUAACCUGUUGAGGUCAAUGGAAUCACUCCAGAUUUAUACCAGAAAAUCUAAGCUUGACAGUGGCCAACCAUGUCUAGAUGUUGGAUAUUUGCUUCAGCAUAGAAUAAUAAAGACAGAUUUUUCUUCCCAUUUCCUUCUGAGUCAAGCAGCAGAUGUAUUUCGUUAAGCUCAUUCCUGAAGCAGCUUGCUAGGCUUGGUGAAUAGUACCUUCCCACUGUUCCUCUUUAUCAGUGCUACUGUGGCAGGUAUCCUAGAGGGAAAACUGUUCUUUGACUAAAUCUGUUAAGGAAUGUGAGAUAAUAUGCCCCCAAAAAAGAAACAGAUCACAGUUUUCCUAAUGUUUCAUGAAUCCCAUCAACUAAGUCAAUACUCUCCAUGACCAGAAAAUCAUUCAUCUGCUACCCAUUUCAGUAUGCACUGCAAUUAUUAAAUACUUCAGCUGAAUUAUCUGAAUUCACAUUUUUUGCUAUAGUUUGUUAUUAUAACCUCUGUUCAAAUGUCUGCAAUUGCCACUUACAAAUUUAUACUGUGAAUAGAAAAAAAGAUACAGCCCAGUGAAGCAUAAAGGUAAGUAAAAAAAUUCAUCGAGGUGAUGAAUUGGUGUGUAUGGUUGGUUUUGUCUUAUCUCAGUAACGACAGUACAAACAAACAAUAAUCAUUAAGUCACUCUGAUCUGCCAAAUGGGAACAAAUAUACUAUGUAUAUUACAUGUACUAAUAGGAUUAUAUGGCAGCUGCUGGUGGUAUUUGUAAUUAGAAAUCUAUAUAGAAUAUAGAUGUUUUAGAGAGACGGUGCCAAUUCUAAAAGAUUUGUGUGGGCUACAAGUGCUUGUAAUUAUUAUUAUUUUUUAAUUUGCUAAUAACUUAUGAACAACUGGUUUCAAACAUUCUGUGAGCGUUUGUUCUUUUUUAUGUUGUUGCUGCUUAUACUAUUAAAAACAUAGAGAAUGUAAAGUUAUUAUUUUGAUGUGAACUGAAAAUGAUUUUUCAUAAAAUAUAACAUUUUUAUCAGCUUUGGUUUUGCUUUCUACCUGUACAAAUGUAAUUUAUUUUAGCAUUGAAAAAAUACAUUUGCCUGUUUCUCAAUUGUCUACAUCAUGUUAUAGUUGGUGUUUAUAUGUAGAGUCAGGUACUUUUUGAACAGUAUUAAAAAAAAUCCUGUGAUAUGA